AUGUCACAGGUAGCUGCUGCAAGACCAUCGAACGCUACGUUUAAGAAUAAGGAGAAACCACAAGAGGUUCGUAGAGCUAAUAUCAUUGCUGCUCGUGCUGUGGCUGAUGCCAUCCGUACCUCAUUGGGUCCUAAAGGGAUGGACAAGAUGAUCAAGACAUCUCGUGGUGAAGUUAUUAUUUCCAAUGAUGGUCAUACUAUCUUAAGACAGAUGGCUAUCCUUCAUCCUGUGGCUAAGAUGUUAGUAGAAGUAUCUGCUGCUCAAGAUGCCGAAGCAGGUGAUGGUACUACUUCUGUAGUUAUUUUAACAGGUGCUUUAUUAGGUGCCGCUGAUAGAUUAUUGAACAAAGGGAUUCAUCCAACAAUUAUUGCAGAAUCUUUUCAAAGAGCAGCAAAAAGAUCUGUUGAAAUUUUAUUAGAGAUGUGUCAUAAAAUUUCUUUGAAUGAUAGAGAAGACUUAAUUCGUGCUACUACAACAUCUUUAAGUUCUAAGAUUGUAUCUCAAUAUUCUUCAUUUUUAGCACCUUUAACUGUUGAUGCUGUAUUGAAAGUAGCAAAUGAAGAUUCUACAAAUGUUGAUUUAUCAGAUAUUCGUUUAAUUAAGAAAGUUGGUGGUACUAUUGAAGAUACAGAAAUGGUUGAUGGUGUUGUAUUAACACAAAAUGCUAUUAAAUCUGCCGGUGGACCAAGUAGAAAAGAAAAGGCAAAGAUAGGGUUAAUUCAGUUUCAAAUAUCUCCACCAAAACCUGAUACAGAAAAUAAUAUUGUGGUUAAUGAUUAUAGACAAAUGGAUAAAAUUUUAAAAGAAGAAAGAGCUUAUCUUUUAAAUAUUUGUAAGAAAAUUAAGAAAGCUAAAUGUAAUGUAUUAUUAAUACAGAAAUCUAUUUUAAGAGAUGCAGUUAAUGAAUUAGCUUUACAUUUCUUAGCAAAGUUAGGUAUCCUUGUAGUAAAGGAUAUUGAAAGAGAAGAAGUUGAAUUUAUAUCUAAGAGUCUUGGUUGUAAACCUAUCUCUGAUGUUGAAUUAUUCACUGAAGAUAGACUAGGUUCUGCCGAUUUAAUUGAAGAAAUUGAUAGUGAUGGUUCUAAGAUUGUUAAAAUCACUGGUAUUAAAAACCCGGAAGCUAAACCAACUAUUUCUGUUAUUGUCCGUGGUGCAAACAAUAUGAUCUUAGAUGAGACUGAACGUUCAUUACAUGAUGCUCUUUGUGUUGUUCGUUGUUUAUUCAAGGAGAAAGGUUUAAUUGGAGGUGGUGGUGCUCCAGAAAUUGAAAUUGCUCGUAGAUUGACUAGAGAAGCACGUGAGUUGGAAGGUGUUGAAUCCUUUGUUUGGACCGAAUUUGCAGAAGCUUUAGAAGUUAUACCAACUACACUUGCAGAAAAUGCUGGUCUAAAUAGUAUUAAAGUGGUCACUGAAUUGCGUACAAAACAUGAAAACGGUGAAAUAAACGAUGGUAUCUCUGUGAGAAGAUCGGGUACUACAAACACAUAUGAAGAACAUAUCUUACAACCUGUGCUGGUUAGUACAAGUGCAAUCACUUUAGCAUCUGAAUGUGUUAAGUCCAUUCUACGUAUUGACGACAUUACAUUUAGUCGUUAA